UUACCAGGAAAGCGUAUUUGCCGGGCUUAGAGAGAAGAGUUUCCCAUCUCAGACGAAUAGUUGUUUUUCCGAGGGAAAUACAACCAAAAAUUCCGGCAGCGUGAAGAUGUAUUUGCACGGCAGAUAUACGAUACGGUGCCGCGAGACGGAAAUUAAAUUGGAAAGGGAAGCGAGAAAAGGAGUGAAAGGGGGUAAGAUUUGAGUCCAAGUCGCGUGAGUAAUGGGGAAGUGAUUUUCGUCUUUCCCUGCGCGGCCGGCAAGGCGGCAAACCCGCUCACCUCCAGCACGUCGAUCCUUCGGUUGACGCCUUCAGACUUGGCGAAGAGCUAUAGCUAUAACGGUUGCUGUUGCUGUUACUGUUCCUCCACCACCAUCUUCCCCUCGCUCCCCUGCAGCUGCGGCCGCCGCUGUCUUCUGUGGUUGUUAAUGGCCGCAACAACUCGUUUUUGUUUUUUGGUGAUGGUGGUGAUGGCGGGAGCACCGGAUGGGCUUCUCUUCACGGCUCCGGCGCUGGUUAGCGGUGCGGACGUCCCCCUCGGCACGAUUCUCCGCCCGUCGGACACUACUCAGUGGAUGUCCCCCAGCAAGACCUUCUCCUUCGGCUUCACCAAAUCCCAGCAGAACCCCUCUCUGUUUGUCGCUGGGGUAACUCAUUCUGCCUCUGCCACACUCGUCUGGACAGCCGGGGACGCGUCCCCCGCAGUGGUCGAUGGCGGUGCCUCCCUUAAUUUCUCCUCCGACGGCAAUCUCCGGCUCCUCAACGGCUCCGGCACAGUUGUGUGGCAGUCCCGUACGGGGAACAAGGGCGUGUCGGUCGCUGCUGUCGACGACUCCGGCAACUUUUUUCUGAAGAACGACACCUCCACGGUGUGGGACACCUUCAGCCAUCCCGCCGACGUCCUGGUCCAGCAACAAAAGUUCCUCGCGGGGCAGACCCUCCGGUCGGGCCCCUACUCCUUCGAGUUCGUCAAGUCAAACGUCGAGCUGCGCCUCAACUGGAAGGGCAGUUACAACACCAUCGUGUACUGGUCCAUCUCCAACUCUAGCAUCGCCGGAAAGCUCACCUUACCUGCCCUGGUGUUGGACAUAGACGGAGUCGUGUCUCUGGUCAAUCCUUCCUUCUUGGCUCCGUUUAAAUGGAUUUACAGCAGCGACUAUUCGUCGGGGUCCGUGACAUUCAGGUUCCUGAGAUUGGAUUCCGACGGCAACCUCAGGGCAUACAGCCUUGACGGCAAAAGCCUGAGCCCGCAGUGGUCAGCCGUGGAGGACCAGUGCCUGGUCUACGGGUGGUGCGGCAACAAUGGUAUGUGCGUCUACAACGACACAAAGCCGGUGUGCACCUGCCUCUCCCAGGACUUCGUUCCCGUCGAUUCCGGCGACCCGCGGCAGGGCUGCAAGAGGAAGCAGCUGCUUGGGGAUUGCCCCGACAAUGUCACCAUGCUUGAACUGAAGAACACGAUCUUCCUUACUUACCCCCCGGACACUGAUGACAUCAACCAGUAUUUCUUCAUCCCCUUCUCUCCCUGCAAGGAAAACUGCCUGAGGACCGGCGGCGCAUGCUCCGGCUCCACCUCCCUCGAUAACGGGUCGGGGCGGUGCUUCUUCAAGAUAAAAAACUUCAUCAGUGCUUACCAGUCUUCGGUUGUCCCGAGUACCUCCUUCGUUAAGGUCUGUGGGUUGGGCGUCCUCAACCCGGACAUGGCCUCCGCCGGUGGCCCUGGCAAGAGGGGUUUUCCUCAUCCGGCGCUGCGCGUCGGUCUCAUCGUCGUCGUCAUCGUGGCUACACUCUCGUCUUUGAUCUGUCUGGAAACGGUGUUGUGGUGGUGGCUGUGCCGGAGGGGCAACAAAUUCGGUGGGCUGUCUUCGCAGUACGCGCUCCUGGAGUACGCCUCCGGCGCGCCGGUUCAGUUCUCCUACAAGGAGCUCCACCAAGCAACCAAGGGGUUCAAGGAGACGCUCGGCGCAGGGGGGUUCGGGCAGGUGUACAGAGGGACGCUCGUCAACAGGACCAUCGUCGCCAUUAAGCGAUUGGAAGGGAUAGAACAAGGAGAGAAGCAGUUCCGGAUGGAGGUGGCAGCCAUUAGCAGCACCCACCACCUGAAUCUGGUCAGGUUGAUCGGAUUCUGCUCGGAGGGUCGGCACAGGCUCCUGGUCUACGAGUUCAUGCGCAACGGCUCCCUCGAUAGCUUCAUCUUCUCAGAGAACGCUGCGAGGCUGGAUUGGGAUGCUCGGUUCAAAAUAGCAUUAGGCACUGCAAGGGGGAUCACGUACUUGCACGAGGAGUGCAGAGAUUGCAUCGUUCACUGCGACAUCAAGCCGGAAAACAUUCUUUUGGACGAUAACUACAAUGCCAAGGUCUCCGAUUUCGGCCUGGCUAAGCUUAUCAAUCACAAGGACAAUCAGUAUCGAACUUUAACCAGCGUCAGGGGAACAAGGGGGUACUUGGCUCCAGAAUGGCGUGCCAAUCUUCCCAUCACGUCCAAAUCUGAUGUUUAUAGCUUCGGGAUGGUGUUGUUGGAGAUGAUCAGCGGGCACAGAAACUUUGAUGUGAGUGAGGAGACUGGUAUGAAGAAAUUCUCUUCUUGGGCCUUUGAGGAGUUUGAGAGAGGAAACAUUGAAAGGAUCGUAGACAAUAGAAUCUUGAAGCAGGCAGAUAUGGAGCAGGUGCUGAGGGCGGUACAGGUGAGCUUCUGGUGCAUACAGGAGCAGCCGUCUCAACGGCCGCAUAUGGGGAAGGUAGUGCAGAUGCUGGAAGGGAUACUUGUUAUGGAGAAUCCCCCUACUCCAAGUCCCAUAGAUGCGGCUCCCAGCUACAGGAGUAACAGUGCAAGUGUUGUGAGUGCGCUUUCGACCAUGGCAGCUUCAGCACAACCACUCUCUUCUUUUCCUUCUUUCAAAGCAUUUGGUUCCUCUGUUUCUGCGAUGAACCCAGAACAAAAUUUUUCAUCAUCGACAUCUUUAGUGAACUGAUCAUAGCCUCCUCUUUAGUGCUCUGCAUUGGUUGUGCUUAGAACCUGCUGCAUACCAUUUAUUGUAUGUAUAGGUCCCUUAGAUUCUACCUGAAGCUUGUAAAAAGUUUGUGUUUAAAUAAGUUGUUUCAUGUCC